AUGCCGUUGUUAGCUGAAAAAGAACAUGAAACAGAUAUUACUGCUGCAGCAGCAGAAGAAACUGCAGCAGAAGCAGCAGCACCAGCUGCAUGCGAAGAGCUAUAUGAAAAGAUAAUGUUGGGGCUGGAACGCGUGCAGCGUGGUGUAUUCGUGACAUUUGAUUCAUUGAAAGAGGAUGUUGUUGCUGCGCUGCAGCAGUCUGAGUCUGAGCCUGCUGCUGCUGCUGCUGCUGCAGCAGAAGAAGCAGAAGCAGCAGCAGCAGCAGCAGCAGCACGUGAACCACUGCAAGCAGAACAGGUUGCUGCAGCAAGACGAUUCCUAAGCCAAGUAAGUUUAGCUCAGAGCAAGAGCGAGAAAACAGCAGAUGCAGCAGCAGCAGCAGCAGCACUGAAGGAGGCUUUUGCUGCUUUCUUUACGCAGCAGGAGGCGCUGCAGCAGCUGCAGCAGGAAGCAGAAGCAGUAAGGGGAACACUAAAGAAAAAACAAAGAAAAGGACGCACUUAA